AUGGCAACUUUAACAUUAAAAUCAUCGAUAACAAAAGUCUCUCGUGACAAAUCUUCUAGCCCUACUUCAUCUCCUCCUCCUUCAAGAAAACGCAAACAAAAUUAUAAUUAUCAUCAACAACGCUCUCGUUCACCGAUACCUGUUGCUCAUCAAAAUGAUGAGAGUAGUGAUGAAGAAGGGGAAAUUCCUAGACCACCACCAAUCACUAUUGGAAAACCAAAGACAACCGUUGGUCUAACAGGCGGUCUUUAUAUGCCACCAGCAAAAUUACGUUUAUUACAGGCGUCUAUCACUGAUAAAUCAAGUCAAGACUAUCAACGUUUAGCAUGGGAAGCAUUAAAAAAAACGAUUAAUGGUCGUGUAAAUAAAAUUAACAUUUCAAAUUUAGUUUUGAUUGUACGAGAAUUAUUUAAAGAUAAUAUUGUUCGUGGACGAGGAUUGCUUGCACGUGGUAUUAUUCAAGCACAAAUUGCUUCACCAUUUUAUACACAUGUUUAUGCGGCACUUGUCUCUAUUAUAAAUACAAAACUUUCACAAAUUGGUGAAUUAAUUGUUAAACGUUUAAUAAGUGCAUUUCGUCGAACAUAUCAACGAAAUGAUAAAACAAAUUGUUUAGCAUCUAUUCGAUUUAUUGCACAUUUAGUCAAUCAAAAUGUCCUUCAUGAAAUUGUUGCUUUACAAAUAUUAAUAUUAUUGUUAGAGAAUCCAUCAGAUGAUUCAUGUGAAUUGGCUAUUGGUUUCAUCAAAGAAUGUGGUAAAAAAUUAAGUCAGAUAUCUCCACGUGGUCUGGAUAGUGUAUUUUCAACAUUAAGAAAUUUAUUACAUGAGUCAACGUUAGAUAAACGUACACAAUAUAUGAUUGAAGUUUUAUUUGCCAUUAGAAAAGAUCAAUUCAAAGAUCAUCCAAUUAUUUUGGAUGGUCUCGAUUUAGUCGAAGAACAGGAUCAAUUAACACAUAUGUUAACAUUGGAUGAUCCAUGUGAUCCAGAGCCAAUGUUAGGAUUUAUUAUUUGUUUAUUUAAAAAACGUUAUUUAAAAAUUGCUACUAGUACACUAACCAGUUUAACUUGUCUAUUUUUUAUUUAUGCUAUUUAUGGUACAAUAUAUUCAUCUCGUGUACGUAAUGAUUUUGAAAAAUAUGUUUAUGAAAAAAAAUCAUCAAAAUAUUUUGAUCGUCUAUUAUUUCUUCCAUUCAUAUUAUGCUGUCUUAUUGAUGAUUAUAAUCAAGAUACAGCAUUUUCAACAACAAUAAUUCCUUAUGGUAAUUUUCAAAUUAUUCAUACAUCAGAUCCAAUUUUCUAUGAAAUUCGACAAAAAAAAAUUUAUAAUUUUUUUCAUGAAAAAUAUCAUACAUUUAAUUAUCAAGCAUGUUCAAAUUGGAUGGAAGAAUUGCAUACUAUGAAAGGUUGUUGGGAAGAUAUAAAAUAUUUGACAACAGCAAUAUUUACUAUAAUACCAUGGUUUAUAGUUCUAUUUCGAUUUGUUAUCACGAGUGUUACAUGGUUAUAUGUUAUAAAAUUUUCAAUUAAAGAUGAAUUAUUAGCGAUCAUACAAACGACAGCACAAGUAUCACCAACAAAACAAAAUGUUUUCAAAUAUGAUCCAGAAUAUGAAGAAAAUGAAAACAAAUAUAAACAAAUACGAAAACAAAUUUUGGAUGAAUCAGACGCUGAUGAUAAUGAUGAAUCAAGUGAAGAUGAAGAUGGAGAAGAAAAUGAUGGGGAAGAAGAAGAGAGUGAAGACGAAGCGGAAAAAGAAAAACAGCAGACAAUAAUUGAUCAAACUGAAACAAAUUUAGUUACAUUACGACGAACGAUAUAUUUGACUAUUCAAUCAAGUGUCGGAGCUGAAGAAUGUGCACAUAAAUUAUUAAAAAUGAAUUUAAGACCAGGACAAGAGAUGGAAUUAUGUCAAAUGAUUUUGGAUAGUUGUGCUCAACAACGUACCUACGAACGUUUUUUUGGUUUACUUGGACAACGUUUUUGUUUAUUGAAAAAGGAAUAUAUUGAAUGUUUUGAAAAAGUAUUUCAAGAUCAAUAUGAUAUCGUUCAUCGUUUAGAAAAUGUUAAAUUACGAAAUGUUGCCAAAUUUUUUGCACAUCUAUUAUAUACGGAUGCCAUUUCCUGGGGUGUAUUACGCUGUAUUCGUUUAACCGAAGAAGAUACGACGUCAUCAAGUCGUGUUUAUAUAAAAAAUUUAUUUUUGGAAUUAGUAGAAUUUUUGGGUUUAACAAAAUUGAAUAAUCGUCUAAAAGAUCCAACGUUAACCGAAUAUUUUGAGGGUAUAUUUCCACGUGAUAAUACAAAAAAUACAAGAUUUUCGAUCAAUUUUUUUACAUCCAUUGGUCUUGGAGGCCUAACUGAUGAACUUCGUGAUUUUCUUCGUACAAAUACGUCUGCCGUUCAAGAUCAACAACAGCAACCGAAAGACGAUGUGGUAGAUGAUGAUGACGAUGAUGAUGAUGGUAACGAUGUGUUAGAAUUUCAUCGAAAAUUACAACAAAUGAAAAUGGCUACGGCUGGUCGUGAGGGACGAGAAAGAACACUGCCAUCACAACGUUCAAAUCAAAAAUCACCAUCACCUCAACGGAAGAAAAAAGAUGAAAAACAUUCAUCACUAACAACAAAAAAAAUAUCUCGACACGAUGAUAAACAAAAGAAAAAGCGUCGAAAACAAUCGGUUACAUCGUCAAGUUCAAGUUCAACAUCAUCAUCGUCGCCAUCACCGUCGCCAGAACGACGAAUGAAAAAGAAAAAAGACAAAAUUUGUACUCCAUCGAGUUCAAGUCCAUUAAUUAAAUUAGAUGAAUUACCAAAGACAUAUCAUGUUCGAGGAAUUAUUCAGUUGCCAUACGCUGAAAUCAAUGAGCCAUUUGAAGCUUGGGUUGAUAAUACACAAGGAUAUUCAAGAAUUGAUUAUUACAAAGGUGUUGCCAAAACUAUACAGAAAAAAGGUCAAGGUGAGGGAGAUUUUGGUAUUAAUUAUAAAAUUGUGCCUAUGUCUGAUGAACAAGUGUUAAAUAAAAUAAGUUGUUUUCAAGCAAAUGGUACUCAAGAAGAUCUAGUUGAUUUGCAACAAGCAUUUCCAGAUAUGGACUCAUUUGAAUAUAUGGGUUUGGCUGAUUGGCGUGGUGUUCAAUGCAAAAUGUAUCAAUCAAUAGAUCAAACAGGUGAUAAACGUAGUACUUAUACGUAUUAUAUAAAUGCUGAAAAUAAUCACCCUAUUCACUAUGAAAUGUUUGGAUACGACACACUAAUCGGAUCACAUUUUGAUAAAUAUUACAUUGAUUAUUUCAAUUAUGAUGAAGACAAAAUUGAUGAAAAAAUAUUUCAAAUUACUGAUAGUAUGAAAUGUACGGGAUUUCCCGGACCUGGUGAUGAACAUCGUGUAUUGUUUAAUCCUAUGUCAGAGUAUAUAAAUCAUCAUGGCUCGUAUGAAGACCAUGCCGAACAGUCGUUUGAUACAUUUAAAAAACACCAUAAUAAAAAAUAUAAAGACACAAAAGAACAUCGACAACGAUUAGCUACGUACAGACACAAUAUGAGAUAUGUGAAUGCUAAAAAUCGUGCUGGUUUAACAUAUAAAAUGCGUUUAAAUCAUUUGGCUGACCGUACAGAUGACGAAUUAAAAGUAUUAAGAGGAAAACGUCAUUCAAAAGGCUACAAUGGCGGUUUACCAUUCAGAAAAAACUUAAUAAAUAAAAAUAUUCCAGAAUCUAUUGAUUGGCGUAUUAUGGGUGCAGUAACGCCAGUGAAAGAUCAAGGCAUUUGUGGUUCUUGUUGGAGUUUUGGCACCACGGGAGCAUUAGAAGGCGCUUAUUUUGUUAAACAUGGUGUUAUGGCUGAUUUAUCGGAACAAGAUCUUAUCGAUUGUUCAUGGGGAUUUGGCAAUAAUGGUUGCGACGGUGGUGAAGAUUUUAGAGCAUAUCAAUACAUUAUGAAACAUGGAGGAAUUGCAUUGGAAGAGGCCUAUGGACCCUAUUUACAACAGGAUGGUUUUUGUCAUCAUGAUAAUUCAACAAAAGGUGCAAAAAUUUUGGGUUAUGUAAAUAUUACCGAAGGUGACGAACAAGCAUUAAAAAUCGCACUUGCAAAUAAAGGACCAGUAUCAGUUGGAAUCGACGCCGCUCAUAAAACAUUUGUGUUUUAUUCAUCAGGUGUAUAUUAUGAGCCAGAUUGUGGAAGUUCGGAAGAAGCGUUAGAUCAUGCCGUAUUAGCCGUCGGUUAUGGAACAUUGGCCGGUGAAGAUUAUUGGCUUGUUAAAAAUUCAUGGAGUACAUACUGGGGAAAUGAUGGUUAUGUUCUUAUGUCAAGAAAAAACAAUAAUUGUGGAGUGGCAACAGCGGCAACCUAUGUGAUAAUUGCUUAA